AUGGCAACGGGUACCUCCGACGGGGCGUCGUGCGGGAUGCUGCACCUCAACCUGCUGCCGGCGGAGAUCCUGCAUCACAUCUUCUCGGGCCUCGACCCCCGCGACCUAGGACGUCUCCCCCGCACGUGUCGGUUCCUGCACGACUUUGUGAAGGGGAACCAGAAACUUUGUAAAGAUGUGUACUUGAACAACCUCGAUACGCCUGCGCAGAGUGGUUUAGAUUUGGACUGGGAGAGGGAAGUGCAUGAUUUUGUCAGACUCGGCAUACUUUGCGCCGAUAAGAAGGUGCACGAGCAGGCUCAUGAACUGCCCUUUGUAUACGACACCGUCGACAGGCUUCUCAAGCAUGCAUCGCCGACGGGUGAGACGCAGAACGACGCCGGCACCCAUGCGGUGUCCCGCAACGCCGCCGCCCUCGCCCGCAUGUUCCGCGAGGAGCCCGCGCGCUUGGCCUUCAUGAGCCGCUCCUUCAUCUAUGAGCGUGCUCGCGACGAGGUGAAGCCGCUCCGGCUCCCCUCCGUGCCCAGUGAGGCGCACCAACGCAGCGCCAAGCUGCACUGCCUGUACGGCCGGCCACUCCUCAACUAUGGCCGCACGCGGUCGACGCGCGUGUACCCCUAUGCUGCGGCCAAGGUAUACGAUCUGCGCCAGAACACGGACAGGACCGAGUGGGGCCCGUUCAUGGAAGACGGGUCGGGGCGGGUGGAUUGGGAAAAGGUCGAGGCCGUGAUGAUAGUGCUGGGGAGUAAUAUCCGGAUGCAGAAGCUGACGGCCAAGGUGUUUGCGAAUCUGUGGGAAAGGCCCUUUGCCGGGUCGUGGGCGAGGAGUUUUAUGCCGUCGCCGAGCCGGGGGAUCCAGGACCUGGAUCUACUGGACCCGUACGGCGUUGCUGGGACGUGGCUGAGAGGCAUAGACGGAGGAAUGGGGAGCCCCCGGCUUACACACAGAGACAACCAGGUGGUCUGCUUCGUCGACUACAACGACUUCUUCAGCUUCAACUUCCCCAUCGGCGACCAAACGCCGCGUGAGGUCCCGCGCCCCCCGUUCGACGUCGGCGAGGCGACGCGCAUCAUCGUCAUGAAGAUUCACGUCACCGACGUACAGCCGCCCGGCGAGGACGACGGCAAGGAGCUUCCCGUGGUGCACUUUUACGGCGUCUCGCGGUCGGUGGACGACUCGUGGGACGAGAACGCCAACUCUAAUCUGCGAGUGAAAGGCACCGUCCGCUUGACCAAGGAGGGCGAGGUAAGGUGGACGACGUUCUCCGUCUUCAACGGCCACGCGCGGUGGCGGAGCGAAGGGAUUCAGAUCGGGGGCGUCGGAUCGGCCCGCGGCGUCAUGGGACACUGGUUUGAUACCGAGAUCACUCUGUAUGCUUACACGAGAGGAAACAGAGACUAUGAUCCCCACGGUCCGUGCGGGCCCAGCGCCUUCUUCAAGGUGUCGGACCGGGCCCCGAGCCCCAAGGACGACGACGAGAAGAGGAUCACGUUCCGGGACUUCAUGCCCAUCAUGGACUUCGACGCAGAGCUGGCGAGCGACGAGGAAGACGACGAGGACUACGUGGUGGGUGAAUGGGGCGAGGACGAGGAUGACGAGGACAUGAGCGAGGAGGAUCUGGUGCAGGACCUGAUGGCGCUGACGGCUCCAGACCCGGACCUCGUGGACCUCGUGUUCCACGGGCAUCACCUGGUUGAUCAGUAA